CGCGCGCCGGCGAGGGCUGUCACGCCGACCACUUACAGGGACCAAGUCAGUACAAGUGUAGAGGCCACCCGCGUAGGACGCCCCGCAUGCACUACGAGUAACAAUAAUUACGCGAAGAUUAUUUAUUUUGAUGAACGGGAUUAAGUUUGAUGGAUAGAGUGAACAGCUGAGCCUGGUGUAGAGUGUAGUGUCGCCAUGUCGGAGACCGGCCGUCGGGGAGCCGCCUACACCAUAGACAACAUCCUCGGACACACAGACAGACAUAACGACCGAGCGGAACUGAAGAGUGAAUCUGGAGCUCACUCGGACUCUGAUCACGAGCACGAGCAUGAGCACGAGCAUGCUCACGGUGAGCACGGUGAGCACGGUGAGCACGGAGAGCAGCUCGAGGCGAUCGACGCGGGACGACCGCGCAAGCAGGUGCGCCGCAGCCGCACCACGUUCACGACGUACCAGCUGCACGAGCUGGAGCGCGCCUUCGACAAGACGCAGUACCCGGACGUGUUCACGCGCGAGGAGCUGGCCAUGAGGCUGGAGCUCAGCGAGGCCAGGGUGCAGGUGUGGUUCCAGAACCGACGCGCGAAGUGGCGCAAGCGUGAGAAGGCGCUCGGCAGAGAGCACGCGCCCUUCCUGCACCACGACCACGUGGUGGGAGAGUGGGGCGGCCCAGGAGAGUGGUGGUCGCUGGGACUUGGCGCCGGGUUCGUUCACCCCGUGUGGAGAGACGCCGAGCCUGCCUUCAGAGCUUUACUGCACAGGUACGUGCUGGCGCUCCCUCCUCCUGCGCUGCUCCCCGCGGAACCGGAGCCGGCGCCCUCUCCCCCCACCGCGCCGCGCUCCCCCGGCCCCGUCCCCGCGCUCGCCCUCGCCCUCACCCCCGCGGACACGCUGCGGCUGCGAGCUCACGACGCAAUCCUGCAGGAGAGGGCCUUGCAACACAACAACAAGGUCCACACGUAACCUCAAAACAGAUCUCUUGCGGCCCUCGUCCACAACCUUACCGAAGAAUGACCGAACGAGCCAGUAUUCGAAUUUACGAAUAACCAAACACGCGCCACGCAUGUACAAAGUCAUCAAAUACACUAAAUGCUAGUAGUAGUAGUAGUAGUAUUAGUAGUCACUUAAAAAAGCGAUGGAUUGUACCUACUGGUUGCAGACCCUGUGCUCGACGCUAGUGGCGUGUCGUAUCACAGCCUGUUCCUUGUAAAACUAAUUCGCGACGUCUGCUCUGUGCCUGUGUGGGUACACAGCGCACCCUCACCACUAGAUGUUUGUUGAUCAUUCGAAUCUGUAACUAGUCGGUAUAGUGUCUCGUCGUGCAUCGACGCUUAAUACACUGGACAACAACGAGCAUGGACACGUGAAUACAUCGUUCUACCCGUAAACUUGCUUAAACUGAAACCCAAAUUUAAUAAACCCAACAAAUGAUGAAGGUGAUGGUUUGGCGGCGUCGUGUCAGUAAACACGAGCGUUGUCGGGAAAAAUUCCGAUGCAACUCGAGCUGUACGCUUCGGAACUUAUUGUACUUCACGUUAGGUAUUCAAUUUCUACUUUUAAAGAAUCACUCACAGGUACAAUACAUUUUAAACUUAUAUUCCCGAAACGUGAGAAAGAUAUUUGGUGGUUUUUCCUCGCUUCUAAAAUUUGACGGAUGUUUGAAGACAACACGAAGUCUUCAAUAAGUAUUGACAAUGUGUUUGGUUCACUCAAUGUCACAAGCUUCAUGCAUUUUUCUUCAUAAUAUUAUUAGAAAGUUUACUAAACUAAUUGAUUAGACAUUUUGUAUGAUUUCGUUUGUAUCUAGUUAUUAAGUGGUGUGCCUUACUGGUAAACAUUAAUUCUCACACAUUCCAUGAGAUCUCACGGUUUCAAUUUAGGCUCUUCAAAUUCUGUAAGUUAUAGAAAUUAAAAUGUUAAUUGAUUAAGAUAAUUCAGUAAUGUUUUGAAUAAUUAUAAGACAUAGCGUUUAGUGAUAAUUACUUUUAUUCAACUUUAAAUUUUAUUAUUAAACUAGUCGUUUUUGGCACGACGUAAUGCCACACUGUGUAUAAAUGUACAAAUAAAAAAGUUAGGCACCGGAACCUAAAUCUAGAGGUGGUAGAUCUGAAUUCACUUCUCUUUGUUCCACCGCUGGGCGAAGACCCAUAGGUACUCGUACCAUCCGCAGUAAUCUAUGUCAAGUCUCCCACUUUCUGUCUAGUUAUUCGUAUCCCAGAGUAGUCACCGUCGAAAGUGCUGUAUGCGCACAUUUCUUUGUUUGUUUGAUUGAUUGUAAAUAUUUAAUAACUUGGUAACUCUUUAGUGUACAAUAUAGUAGGUCUUUGCCUAGGAAGUUGCUGUUUACUAUACACAAAUUUAGACUUAUUUUUUAAAAUAAAAGUAAAAAAAUUAAAAUGUGAAACUAAACUUCCAUAUUUUUUUAAAUAAAUAUCAUUUGAUUUUAUAAUGUAUCGCCAGGCAUCAAUUAGGUACCGUUUAAAUGACCAGUAUUGUAAAACGGCAACUUUAUAGGUAGAGACUUGUCGUGAAGUCAUUUGCCAACCUGUGAGCACCAGCCACGGACUCUGAACGAAUUCUUGGUGACGGUUGUUGUUCUGUGAACACUACACGUCUAAAAGAGUAAAUUGAAGAACCAACUCGGAUUGUGUUCAUCUGAACGUAGUGCUCGGUUCACAUUGAUCUGUAUAUAAUCGUGUAAAUGAUUGUAAAUUAUAUUGUAGUCAGUAAGUAGAUAUCGUCUCUGGAGUCAAACAGAAUGGUUACAAGCGACCCAAAACGGACAGCAGUUGCGUCGUUCAUAUGAGAUCUUGAUUAGUUGAGUUUUAAUUACAACAAUUUAUAAGUAGUAGUUAUUGACAGGAGAAAAGACAGGGCUGCAGAGAAUUGUAGAAAAAAAAAAUUUCACGGUUUGCCGAUAUAAAGUCGUUAUUUAUAUCAACUUAAAGUAGUCAUUCUGUUUGAUGAAAAGAACGAGUAGGUACUAGUUGUAAUUAGUGGUCAUUUAUCGGACACAUGUAGACCGUUUGCAAUAAUGUGACAGUAAGAUAUCCAAUCAAUAUAUACGUAACUAUGCUA